CUCUAGCCCGGGGACCAGGUUCAACGUGGUAACAAAAUUACAGUUUCGCUUAAGCUCGAGUUACCCGGCUUCCGCGAUGAUUUAUGUCCAUAGGCAUGUGCUUGUGCUGUAGAGCACAUUGCACACGGACAAUCGUUGAGAAGGCGACGUUGUGGGCAAAGUUCCGAGUCGAGGCGCUGGCCCGACAGCUUCUUCCAGGAGGCCGCAAUCCAGGCGGCAAGAUUUUAGGCCCGGCACCCGGUGGCCGUUCAGCGGCAACGACAUGCCCUUCCGCAGCUGGCUGUGUUGCGGAGCACAGAAAGGAAGUCCGAUUGAAUAUGCAGAUCCGCGACCAGUAGUCGGUGGAGGACAAGAGGCGCGGAACCUUAUUGUCAGUUCUGCUGUUCAUGGCGAUGGGGGUGCAGCCCAGCAAGUUGAUGGGCCAGUCGCUGAACCUGACCCAGCCCGCCAGAGCGGGAGGACAGCACGUGCUGCGGAAUCGUAUCAGAAACAGUCGAGCUCCAGGCUCGCAUUAACGCCCGCGGCCUCAGGGCGGAGCCGCGUUAGCGCGGUCAGCUCAUCCAACGCACCCGAAACCGUCAGCAGCAGCGUGGCCGUGCCCGCCUCCUCCAUCGACAUCGCCUCCACCACUACGCUGGGGCAUCCUGCCGCCCGCUCCGUCAACGCCGGGCGUGCCUCUCACAGCCACCAUCAUCAACAAAAGCAGCAGCAGGAGCAAGCGCUGCACGACAGCAUAACCUUCGUCCCAGCGCCGCCGCCGAGCCCAGGCCGCAGCGCCGCCGCGCCUGUUGCAAGCAGCGGCGCCAACGCACACACCUCUGCGGGCUACGCAGGUGGUGGUGGUGGCGGUGGCGGCAGCCCGCCGCCGGACCACCUGUACCAGCACUACUACCAGCCCAUGCCUGGUGAUUCCUUGGGCGCCUCCGCAGUCCGCAUGGGCGGCAGCAACUGUGACGGCGGCAGCGCUGCUGUCAGCGGCGCGGGACUCCAUGCCGCAGGCGCCGCGGCCGCCUCAGGCGAAGUCAUCCCCUCAACCGUCUCCGCCUACACGAACACGACCAUGUCGGCGGCUCACGCGGCGGCUGCGAACGCGCAAGCCUACGCGAGUAACUCGCCCGCCGUCGCCGGCCUGGCGCAUUGGUACCAGCAGCACAAUGCCUCAUCGCAACGGGCUGCAGGCUCAGCGGCCUCACUGGCGCAUGGCGCCGCCUCUGAGGUGCUGCUCGCAAACCUGUUGCACGUCGGUCAAGGCGGCGUUGGCGGCGGCGCCUAUCCCGCCGCCGCCAGCCUGCCAGUCUCACUGGAAAACCAGUAUCGCACUCUGCAGAUGUUCACUGUGCAGCAUGGCGGCGGCGUUGGCCCUGACGGCGGCGCGGCGGCGGCACUACCAGCUGGUGGCGGCGGCAAGGCCCGGGCGGGCAUGGUGCCGUCGUACUAUGCGGCCGCGGCCGCUGCGGUGGCGGCCGGCGGCAGCAACGUGCGUGCUAUGUCUCAACUGGUGGAGGUUCAGGCACUCAACCGGGCGGGAGUGGCAGCUGCCGACAACUCCACCGAGUCCGACAUCGCACAGGAGCAGUCGCUGCUCGCCGUCACCAUGGGCGCCGGCAUAGCCGCCGCCGCCGCCGCCGCGGCCGCCGCCAACGGCUCCCAGGCCGGCGGCCGGCAGCUGCCGCCGGGCGCGCAGCGCCUACUGCUAGCGGUGCACAGCGAUCACGACGGCGCCGGCGGCAUUCUGCCCACGCCCAUACCUGGUCUGUCCGGCGCACCCAUGCCGGGCACGGCCGCGGCGUCGGAUGACGGUUGGCCGACGCCUGUGGCGCUGCCGCCGUUCGCAUCGGCCGCCGCGCAGCUGCAGCUGCAGGCCCGCGCUGGGCCCAGUGCGGGCGCUCAUGCGCCACCGCAGCCGUCGCCGCCGCAGCAGCGUUACCGGCACAUGUCGGAAGCGGGCAACCAGAGGGAGCAGGCGGCACUUACUGCGGCCGCCACAGCGGUGUCUCGCAAGACUAUGCUGCAGCCGCUGCCAGCGGCGCCGGCGGAGAACGUCGCCAGGCCCGCGACCGUGGCCGCCACUCAGUCAGUGGCAUUGGCGGUUGGCAGCAGCCCGAUUGCCUACAACCGCCGGCGCGCUCUGCGGGCUUCAGCCGACGGCGGCUACGGCAUGCGGCGCGGCAGUGCUGCCGCCGCCGUAGUUGGCGGUCCUGGCGGCGGCUCCAUUCCGUCUGUGUUCAGCACCAAUGCCGCGGUGGCACAGGUUGUGGGCCAGCAAGGCGCCGAUGACGGCAGUGGAUCCGGUGGCGGCAAUGGCGGCGGCGGCCGCGCCCGGCACAGCGGCAGCGUUGCCUCGCUGUCGGACGCGCUGGCGUUGCCGCUGUACACGAGCCGUACGGUCAAGCUGCCGUACCAGACCUCGCGCCACCUGUCACAGGUCGCAUUUAUGCAAAUGCUGCAAAUGGCGAGCGACAGCUAUGGCAGCGUCGGCAAGGCCACGCCUCGCGGCGCCGCAGCCGGCUCUGGCCUCAUUCCUGGCGGCGGCUCCACCAACUCGGUGAUGAUGCAGCGCACAGGUGGCGGCGGCGGCGCCGCUGCCAGUGGCCGCAACGCCCGCGCCAGCGAGGACGCCGCCGCGGUGCCGACAACUGCCGCCGCCAGCGCUGUCACCUCGGCCAGCAGCGUGCUACCCGUGUUUGGUCGCAUGGGCAGCAACCGAAAGGCUGGCGCCGCCGCCGCCGCCGUCGGCAUCAGCGCCGCCGACGGCGGCAGCCCAAUGGCUGACGCGUCCAGUGGCGGUGUGAGCCGUUACAGCUGCGACCUGCAAGGCAUGACCGGCGGCGUGGGCGGCGCGGAGGCGGACCAGCAGGAGGAGGAGAUGGAGAUGUCGCCGGCGACGGUGCCGCCGCCUGUGACGUCGCUGUACCCGCACGCCUCCAUGCUGUCUUCCCUCAACCUCAGCCUGCUGUGCAAAGAGAUCCAGGCGCUGAGAUGGGUGGGGCAGGGCGGCGGCGGCGCGGUGUUCCAGGGUGUGUGGCAGGGCGCUUCUGUGGCCGUGAAGUUCCUUUUGGCGGAGGCGGACUCGCCGGCGGCACUGGAGGCGGUGGCGCUGGAGGGAGUCGUCAGCUCAGUUGUCAAUCACCCCAAUGUGGUGCACACGUACGCGUUCCAGUGCUCCCGCCUGACCGAGAAUACGUUCAUGCCCGACCCCGAACCGGAGCGGCAGGCGGCCGGGUCCCAGUGGGAUGCCACCACGCGGGACCUGUUGGGCUCGUUGCUGGACACCACUGCCCUGUAUGCAACACUGGGCGGUGCCGGCACCAUGGGUAGCGGCGGCGCCCAGCUUGCAGGCGCCGGCAGCGGCGCCCUGCACACCGCCGGCAACAACGACAAUAACAACAACGCCGUGGCCCCCGGUCGCCGCCAAACAGCGGCAGCGGGCAGCCUGACGCAGACCGCUCUCUCCUGCACCCUGAGCGCUGCCGUUGGCGGCGGCGGCGGCGGCCUGGGCCCGUCCCGCUUGGGGGCGGCUUAUGCCAGCAACGGCGGCGGCAACGGCAACGGCGGCACCGCGUCCGACAACGGCGGCGGCGGCGGCGGUUCAAGUCGACGGGGCACCAGCAGCAAGCAGUCGCUGCCAACGACCCCAAUGUCCGGCCGUGACGGCGACGGCGGCACCAGCGGCGGCGACGUCAACGGCGACAGUCGCAUCGCUGAGGAGGAGUAUGAGGAUGACACCACCGGGGUCAGCGACACCACGGCCAGAGGUGGCGGUGGCAGCGACGGCGCGCGCGGCCAUGAGCGUGCGCUAGCUGUGGCCGCGGCGGCGGCGGCGGCGGCGGCGGCGCUGCCUGGUUCUGGCCGGCAGCUGGCCGUACCAGCGGGCCGCGGUGCCGCCGCCCUGGCGCCGGCACAGCAGGGAGGCAACAACCCCAGCAAGCCGCUGCCGGCAGCCCCGACGCUGCAAGCAGUGCUGCGGCUGCAGCAGAGCGAGCGCAAUGCCGGUUCCGGCGAGAGCGGCAGCGGCGGUCAGCAACCGCCUCAGGCGCACCUGCCGCCGGGAUCAUCCACACGGAACCUGUCGGUGGGGCGUGCAGCGCACCGGAACGCGCUCGAGUCGACGUUCCAUUCGGACGAGGGUUUCGGAGAUCCUGACAUCACCCACAGCCGCCGCGGCUGGUCGGCCCGCCAGGUGCUGGCGUACCUGCGGGCGCGGCCGGGGCAGUACCUGACCCACAUCAUUAUGGAGUACUGUGACCGGGGCUCCCUGUUGUCUGCCAUCAAGCGCGGCGUGUUCAGAAUGGACGACGGCAAUGCAGGCGCCCCCGCCGCAGACGCGGCCGCAGCAACGCCGCAGCCGGCAUCCGCGCCCACGGGGUCUCAGCGCUUCCCCCGCCGCAUCGUGCUGCGUGCAGUGCUCCGCAGCGCGCGUGAUGUGGCACAGGGCAUGUGCCACCUGCAUGCCAACGGCAUCAUCCACGGCGACCUCAAGCCCGGUAACGUGCUGCUGCGCGGCUGCCGCAGCGACCGCCGCGGCUUCGUGGCGAUGGUGGCGGACUUUGGUCUGAGCAAGGUGACUCAGGGCGACAAGCCGCUGGAGAGCCACCACUGGAGCACCGUCACAGUAAUGGCGCCGGAGGUCAUCAUGGGCCGCUGGCUCAAGGCGUCAGAUGUGUUCAGCUUCGGCAUGCUGCUGUGGCAGCUCGUCACAAGCGAGCCCAUCCCCUACGGCAAACUGACAGUGCCGCAGAUCCUGUUGGGCGUAUCCCAGGGCACGCUGACUCCCGAGUGGCCGGCUUCCACCCACCCGGCGCUGGUGCGACUGGGUCGCGCCUGCCUGGCCCCCAGUCCGGAGAAGCGACCCUCGUUCGAGGCCAUUGUGAAGGUGCUCACCAAGAUUGAGAAGCACGUGCGUGACGAGCUGAAGCAGCAGCGGCAGCGGCAGGCGGCAGCAGAGCCGGCUUACGUGGGCACUCUGGCAAGCACGCCGGCCCAAACUGCGGCAGCGGCAGGCCACUAGCAGUAGCAGCAGCGGCGGCAGCGGCGGCGGCAGCGGCAGCAGCAGCAGCGGCAGCAGCGGCAGCAGUAGCAGCAGUAGCUGCAGCGGCAGCACUAGCAGUGGUGGCAGCAACAGUGACGUGGCCGCAACAGUGACCUGGACGUGCCUCCGCCGUGGGCAGUGGCAUGUGGAGCACUGGUUUGGGUUUGGCUGCAUGCAGCAAUAGCACACAGCAUACAAACGAAUGGGUCACAAUGGAUGGCGCCUCGGCCACCUUACCAACAAAUAGAGAUUGAGAGAGCGAGGAAAAGCACGUGCUGGGCUUGCUGCCAUCCAUGGCAUGGUUGCUGAGGUGAGGGUGCAGGGUGGGCGUCGACGGCCAUAAUUCGCUUAACUUCAACGCAACGGUUCGAAAAUGGAGUGAGAAAUAAGCGCCAUAGAUUGCACGUGAGGGUAUAAGAUAGAGUUUACCGCCGCCACCGCCAUGGGUACGGAUGCGGUGCUUGCAACAUUGUGCAUGUAUCCGAUGGAUCUUUCUGCCUGUCUUUGACGGCUGAAUGAUUUUCGACGACGCACGUGUCCACCGCCUGCUGGGUUACACGUGCGCUGUGAUCCACCAUAAAUGAGCGAACACGGCGGCUGCCUCGUGUUGCUUUACAUGAGCGCCGCUAGCCACGUGCAUCAUACCAAGUUUUGAUAUAACUCAACCGCUGCCCCCGGCAUUCUGCACCAUUGCUAGGAGCGAGGAAUAGUGUGCUUGCAACUCAAUUGCUGCUUGUCUUGCUCAUUCUGUCAGCCAGCACUGACGUCUGUGCGGGCAACAAACUUAAUGGGUGAAGAAGGGUCCUGGCUGCAGGUAUUUACGCCAGCAUUCAACUAUCGUGGAUCCACGAACAGCAUUACUCAUUUUAAACAAAUGAUGGGCGAGCUGGCCGAUGCGGGAAUGGCGUGUCGCGCAUUGGGCGCAUGCCGCGCAACCUUCACUUGUGUCAUGGAGAUUUGGGCGUUGACAUCAUUGGACUUGGCGACUCGGCAGUCUCCUUGAAGGCGGAUUUGGUGGGGUGCACAUCCUGUUAUGCAUGAUGGGUGCACAAACGAUGGGCACGCGGGACCUAGGGGUGCGAUAUAAGCGCUGCCGUUCUUGCACGGCCUUUCGCCUGCCACUACUUAUCCAAUGAUCUAUCGGCUUCGGCUGUUUACUAUCCUACGACGCACGUGCUACAUAUUUCCUACCAGGUUACACGUGCCGUGUGAUUUACUGAUUUAGCAUGUAGGGGCGCCGCCUCUCUCGCGUUGCCUUUGCACGGGACUGCUAGCGCCACAAGCGGUAGUACGCUCAGUGUUGGAAACCCAAACUUUGGUUGGAGAAACAGCCUAUAUGCCACUGAAUCAGUGUAUGCCUUGCUCAGGGGAGCACUGCGAGUGGGCAGUGAAGUUGGUGCGCGAGUGGGCAGGAAGUUGGUGCGGGAUACGAAUUUGACCGUACGUACGGCGGGUGAAGCAGCGUCCUGGUUGCAGGCACUGACGCCAGGAGUCUGAUUCCCCGUCACGGAUUCAGACACUGCACACAAAGUUGCAACAAAUGAGAUGACGUUGGGGGUGGGCUGGCACGAUGCGCGUUGUGCGCGUGCGGCGCAAUCUCCCUUUGAUAGUGCCAUGGAGAUACACGUGAAUAUUUACGUGGUUUAAUUCAAGUAUGUACCGUACUGGCGACACUGCAGUCUGCACGUGGCAGCAGGGAGAUACUUACCUUGCUUGGCCCGCCGCGGGCGCACCGGGCGCCGCCUUUGGGACGUGUCCAGGAUAGCGGUAACACGGCGUGAUACGGGUGAUGAUGGGGAUGGACGUGGAGGUGGCGGCAGCGUCGUAAGGUGCGAAUGCAAAACACGCACGCCUGCAGCAGCGGGUAUGGCUUGAUGAUGUGCUUUCUUUGUGGACUGCAUGCAGGGGCGUGAGCACGCUGUAAUCUGCAGUGUGUGCAGUGACAGUGUGCGAGCGUUUGUUAAUGAUGCUGGACUGGCUUGGCUGGACAGGAGCGGGGGUGGAAUUGACGUGAAGAGAUCGACGUGCGUGUGUGUCCAACCAAGGCGUGCAGGCAGUGUUACGUCGGGUGCUUGCUGAAGACCGCGUGUAUAUGUGGACGGUCACUUUGAGGCCAGUUGGUGCGGAUGCCGGGCAAUUGAUUUCAUGCCGGGUACAUGGCGCGCGGGCCGGAGCGCAAUAUACUCGGUAGUUGGUACUCGGUUUCCGGCUUCACCGACGCUUGUCGUGUAUUCAUGUUGAGAGGCUUUGGUUCUAUUAUUCUUUUGCGUCAUAUGAAACAUAGGGCCACAGGUGUGUAUGCGUGUGUGUAUGUGCGUAUGCGUGCGUGCGUGCGACCGAGUACAUGCGACUGCGGAAUAUAAGCGCGUGCGCUAUGUAAGGACGGGAUACGGUACGGUAGUCUGCGAUUUGGGCUGGUUGCCACUGCUGGAUUGGAUUGUACAUGCGUGUGUGUACAAGCCAAAGCCAUGUAAUGGUGUGGUACUGUGGUGUGGGUAGGACAGUGCACACAGGAAGUGCGAGAGGGGUGCUUGUGGAUGGCAACGUGCGUUGCCGAGGUGGGAGCCGUCCCUCCACGCCGUUUCUUUCGUGCUGCGAUCAAUGCUGUACUUUUCGUCCGGUUUGGCCGCAUGCCCUGACCGUUGCUUGGAUGCGUGUGUGACGCGAAGCAGGGCAGGGCGUUCCUAAGCCGCAUGGGGAUUUGUCGUGUAAACAUUGGGCCGCGGCCCCUGACGAUGGCGCGGGAACGCACUAUUCCACAUCCGCAACUCUUUGCGACGCAUGUGUAGGUGUUGGAUGGCAAGGCAGGUCCAGCCUGCGCCCUGCGCCCAUGCCAGCAGCAACUACUCGCAGCUGCAUACAUUCACUGUUUAUAUAUACGAGA